GAGACUUUUCAGAGUUCCCAUGAGGCGCCCUGUGAAACUGACUAGACGGGUCAAUUUCAGCGGCAGGUCGGCGGUGCCCGCGGGAAUCCCCAGCAGGCCAGGCAGCGCUCGGAGGGCCCGAGCCGGAGAGGUGCAGCAGCUGCGCGCUCUCUGCAGCCCCAGCGCCCCGGGACCGGCUCCCCCCCUCCCGCUUUCUCCCCGAGUCCGGGAUUGCACGAGAUCAAAGGCAUUUGUGGGUGGAAGUGGAGACCUGCUCCGGGCUUCUCUUACCCAGCUCUGCCUGCCGGAGUAGGGGCGGGGGGGACCAACGUGGCCGGGAAGGCGCUGGGUUCGCAACUUUGCCGCGAGGUACCAGGAGCGCCAGGGCUUUGUGACCCAGGUGCCGAACGCUGCCCGGCGUAGGGGGUCUGCAGCGCGGCUGGCAGAGGUGCCACCGAGAGGAAUGCCAGCAUGAGGGGGCGAGCAGAGACACAGAAGAUCUAUCCCUUCCCGAUGGAAAGGAGCAUAUAAUCCCUUUGGGAAGAAUUAGGGAAGCAUCAGCGCAGCUCAGUCUGGUGCGAAGGAAGCAAAACAUGACCCCUCCGUGUCUGGGAGCUUUACACAGGUUCGGCUAAGAGGCCAGACUCUCUCUUCUCAACACAAACUCUCCCAGCCCCCUCCUCUGAACUGCCUGCCUUUGUCUGGUGGGGCCCUGGGGCUGCUGGGAGUCAGUCCUCAAAGAGGGAAAUAUUUUGUUGUUUCAUCGAUCUUUAAGCAGACUGCACCCCCAGCUCCAUCCCCUUCCAACGGACAGUGGCUCCUCGCUGCCUUUCUCCAUUAACAGAGAGAGCUUUUUACAAAGGCUUUUUUAUGUCCCGUGGGGUUGUAACGUAUUUUUUUUGCUGGGCUCUUUCUCCCGCUGAGCGCAUUUGGAGGAGUUGCUGCGUGGGCGCCCAUGGCUUCAUCAACCGACAGGCUCUGAGGACCCCUUCCUUGCACUCCCCAACCACGCCGGCCUGUCCAUGAUGGGGCGAGAGCAGGAGCUGAUCCAGGCUGUGAAAAAUGGGGAUUUACCUGGGGUGCAGAAACUGGUGACCAAGGUCAAAGCAUCCAAGAGCAAGCUCCUGGGAUCGGCCAAGCGACUGAAUGUGAAUUACCAGGAUGCAGACGGGUUCUCAGCGCUGCACCAUGCAGCCCUGGGCGGGAGCCUCGAGCUCAUCUCCCUGCUGCUGGAGGCACAGGCCACUGUUGACAUAAAGGACAGCAAUGGGAUGCGCCCGCUGCACUAUGCUGCCUGGCAGGGAAGGGUGGAACCGGUCCUCCUGCUGCUGCGGGCAGCCGCCUCCGUCAACAUGGCGUCACUGGACGGGCAGAUCCCGCUGCACCUGUCUGCGCAGUAUGGGCACUACGAGGUGUCGGAAAUGCUGCUCCAGCACCAGUCCAACCCAUGUCUCAUCAACAAGGCAAAGAAAACUCCCCUGGACCUGGCCUGUGAGUUUGGCCGGCUUAAGGUGGCCCAGUUGCUGCUGAACAGCCACAUGUGUGUGGCCCUCCUGGAGGGUCAGUCCAAAGACAUGAGUGACCCCAACUACACCACCCCUCUGCACCUGGCAGCCAAGAACGGGCACAAGGAGAUCAUCAGGCAACUGCUGAAAGCUGGGAUUGAGAUCAACAGGCAGACGAAGACGGGCACAGCCCUGCACGAGGCCGCGCUCUACGGCAAGACGGAGGUGGUGCGCCUGCUUCUGGAGGGCGGCGUCGAUGUGAACAUCCGCAACACCUACAACCAGACGGCCCUGGACAUCGUGAACCAGUUCACCACCUCGCACGCCAGCAAGGACAUCAAGCAACUGCUGCGAGAGGCAUCAGGAAUCCUGAAAGUCCGAGCUCUGAAGGAUUUUUGGAACCUCCACGACCCGACUGCUCUCAACAUCCGGGCAGGAGAUGUCAUCACGGUCCUGGAGCAGCACUCGGAUGGGCGCUGGAAGGGGCACAUCCACGACACUCAGAAAGGCACCGAUCGGGUCGGCUACUUCCCUCCCUCCAUCGUCGAGGUCAUCAGCAAGCGGACAGGAGACAGGAACAGCGUGGGCAGCGAGGGCAGCAUCGGCAGCAUUCGCAGCGCUGGCAGCGGGCAGAGCACCGAGGGCACCAACGGGCAGAGCACCAGUAUUCUCAUUGAGAACGCCAAGCCGCUGCCCCCUGGCGGUGAGGACCUACCACAGCAGCUCUUGGGACUGACGAGCCCGAAUGGGCAGCUGAGCUCCAUGACAGGAACCCUCGGGCGCCAGAACCUAGCCAACUGCAAUGCCAGCAACAGGAUGUUCUCGCACCAGUACCUCCACCCUGACCAGCUCUUGGAGGGAAAGGAUGCGGAGGCCAUUUACAACUGGCUGAGCGAGUUCCAGCUGGAGUUCUACGCGGCCAACUUCCUCAGUGCCGGCUACGACGUGCCCACCAUCAGCCGCAUGACGCCCGAGGACCUAACAGCCAUUGGAGUGACUAAACCAGGGCACAGGAAGAAAAUCUCCACUGAGAUUGGGCAGCUCAGCAUCGCGGAGUGGCUGCCCAAUUACAUUCCUGCCGACCUGAUGGAGUGGCUGAGCGCCAUUGGGCUGCCCCAGUACCACAAGAAGCUGGUGAGCAAUGGCUACGACUCCGUCAGCAUCGUGAUGGACCUGACGUGGGAGGACCUGCAGGAGAUUGGCAUCAACAAGCUGGGCCACCAGAAGAAGAUAAUGCUGGCUGUCAAGAAGCUGACAGACCUCCGCAAGUACCUGAACCAAGCCGACACCAACGAAGCACAACGCAAAAUCCCUGGGACCCUGGACAUUGUCACCAUUGAGUCCCUGGAGAAUGGCGAGGGCCAGUCUCCGCACACACCCAAGAUGAAAACCUUCCUGGACAGCGAGCUGAGCUACGAGCUCCAAACAGCCAUGUCCAACAGCUGCCAGGAAACGCUCCCCAUGAAGAGCACGCAGGGGAUGUCCCGGAGUCAGGAGAGCAUUGGAGUGCGCUCCAGAGGGUCAGGCCAUUCUCAGGACAACGUGUUGUCCAGGACCAUCCUCUCCAGCCAUUCCCAGGAGAGUCUGGGCAGUGGUGACAGCAGCAGCAGCGGACACUCCUCGGCGCAGCCCCGGCAGAAGGAGAACGCUGGCAUCCUGCCCGGGAGACCUCACCAAGAUAAUUACGGGAAGGUUAUUAUCCAGCUGACUGCCCAAGAGGCACUGAAUGGCUACUCCAAUGGGUGUGGGGGAAGCCCUCUGAAAGAGAGGAACCUCCCAGAAGGGAUGGAUCAGUACCAGAGGCCCGUGGCUCAGAAAGGCAGUGUUCCUCUGUUGCAGCCAUCCAACUCCCUACCAGCAACAACCCCCUACACCCCACCCCAGACGCCCACUAAGAACACAGCACCCUAUGUCUUCAUGUAUCCCCACAUCUCCCUGAAAUCCCCCACUGCUCCUGAGCAGCCGAAGAACCCAGCACACCUGUACCCCCAGUCCUCCUCUUCCCAGAGGAGCACCCUCCAGUCAUCAGCUCAGAAAGCUUUCUCUUAUCUCCAUUCCCACUGCAGCGGCACGGACUCCCCAUACGUGUCCCCGGGCUCCUGGCACACUGGAGACCUGCAAAAUGGAGACCCCUUCAAGUAUAAGAAACGCUCUCACAGCCUGAAUCGCUACGCCCUGUCGGACAGUGAGCACGAGAAGGAGGAGGAACCCAGCAGCACUCUGGGCUCCUACGCCACCCUCACCAGGCGCCCGGGGCGGAGCCAAGUGCCACGCACCUACCUGCAGUCAGACACCAAGGUUGUUCGCAGCCAGUCCUUCGCCAUCCGGGCAAAGAGGAAAGGGCCUCCACCGCCCCCUCCCAAGCGCCUGAGCUCUGUCUCCAGUGCCCAGGCUGUGGAGGCAGAGGGUGAGCAGCAGCAUCCAGACUCAGAGACCGGGCUGGCUGUUGCCCAAGAGUCAGUGGAUGGGGCUCUCUCCUCUGGGUUAGGCACCAGCGAUGCAGGCAGCAGCCAAACAGUGAAGAGCAUAGCUGCAAUGCUGGAGGUGUCCACGGCAGGUGGCAGUCUGCCAAAGCCUCUUCUGUUACAAAAGCCCCCAGCUCCCGAUCACAUGCUGACUUCUAGAGCAGGCUCGGAUGGUCAUCCCCGUGGAGCCAGCGUCUCCGAAGGCUCCUGCAGCGCGAGACCCUCAGAUAACGACAGAGACGCCUUUGAGAGCAGCAGGCCCCGCCGACGCACGUUCAGUGAACCCAGUGGCACCAUGACAGAGGCCUCGCAAAGCAGCCUGGAGGAUGUCCAGUCCGACACAGAGGAGGAGCUAAGACCUGGCCCGGAGGACUGUGUGGUCUCCUCGUCCUCCUCUCAGAACAGCUCCAGCGAGUGCAUUCCAUUUGCAGAAGAAGGCAACUUAACCAUCAAGCAGCGACCAAAGCCUACCGGGCAACACAAGGCAGAAGCUACCACGCUAGACUCUGAGUCCAGCUCCUUGACGGGUACCAACGUGGGGCUUCCCUGCUCCUCUGCUGGGAAGGAGCUGGGAGGAACCACAACGGAAGUGCUGGAAUUCAACCUCACAGAGUCGGACACUGUGAAGCGGAGGCCCAGGUAUAAAGAGAGGGAGCCACUACAGACUCUGCUGAAGGCAUUCAGCUUGGCUGGCCAGAGCCAGGCUCUUGCAAGUCCACCCCAACAAUAUGCACAGGCCCCAGCCGUGAGCGUUGCAAGCCCAGUCCUGCAAGUCCCAGAGCCGGAGCCCGGAGGGGCUGGAGACGUUUUUGACGACGACAGCGUGGAAUUCAGGAUAGCUGAGAUUGAGAAGAGCAUCCUGUCUCUGGAGAAGGGAAUCAAAAAGCCUCCACUGCCUCUGAAAACAGCCAGCCCUGGGGAGCUACACGGGGGAGCCAUCCUGAGAACCUCGACUGUAGGGCCAGAUGCCUCAGCCAAGCACACCUCUGUGGCUUCCACGAAGUUGGUAUUUUCAGGGCCAAAAACGAUUUAUCAGCAAGUCCUGCAGCCCUCCCGGAAUACCGUCGCCCCCUGGGCAAGUGCCGAGAUGGCCACAGAGGUGGCCGGAUCCACUGCCUGCCCAUCCAGGCUGGAGACUGGCAACAAGGCAGCCUUGAGCAGCAGGCUGCCCAUUUUUAUGAAGCCUCUGAAUGACGCUCCGGAUGCAGCCCUGGCUCAGCAGAGACUAGAACAGACCAACUCCUCCCUGGCAGCCGCACUGCAGGCUGCAGAGAAAAAAAUAACAGCUGAGGAGGCGGAGAGUCACUUGGCUAAGAACAUCCUGGAAGACAUCAGCAACAUGUUUGAUGACCUGGCUGACCAGCUGGAUGCCAUGCUGGACUGAGACUUGAGCCCCAGUUGCUGUGCUAAUGCGAGAAGGAGGAUGGCCCCUUUACUCUGCCCAGGGGUCACUACAGCUACUCUCAUCCUUCUCCCUCCUGCACUUUAUAUGGCUGGGAGCAGGCACCUCCCUCACCUCUCCUGGGCCAUCCCAAUGGACUGGAGACCCAGCCGCCUGGUCUCAGCCCCAGUGGCAUUUCCUAUACGACUCUUUGGAGCUGCAAGAGAUGAGCACAAGGAAGAGGCAGCUGCACCUUUCCACCCUAAUGAUUGGUCCUGAUGCUGCUGGAGUUUGAGUGAGUGCAGUAGUUCACACGCCUGGGAGUCCAGCCACCCCCACGAAUUGAGCUCAGCUGAUAGCUGCCAAGAGCUCCUCUUCCUCCAACCCCCACACAAAGUUUCCUCAAGGGACUUUUGCUCACUAGCCCCAGGGCGAAGUCCUGCAGCUUAUUAUUUAAACCCUGCCAACGUGUUGGGGGAGAGGACCUCCUUGGGCAGGCACAGCAGAGCCAAGCACUUAGGCCCUGCCGGGACUGCACAUUAUCAAGCCACCAAAAUAAGACGGGACUUGUUGCAGCUUGGCAGCUCUCAGGGUGAGAAGAAACCUUCCUGCUUUAUUUGAUGCUUCUUAAGCAUGUCAGUGGAAGGCAGCGUGUAAUCCAAGUGGAUUUAAAUCCCCACAGCCGGGCCCUCAGAGCUGGCACAGUCUCUACCCCAUAAAGGAGCAAACAGGCUCAGUACUUCACAACAGUUGUGUCAGGAAUUACAAUCUCUCCAGACUUCCUGCCUGGAUUCAUUCUUAGGUGGCAUGGCCAAGACUGGGAAGAGCAUGUACUGGAAUAGUCAAGGACAGUCUGGCUGGAGCAUGUUGCGACUGCUGAGGGCGCCCUCUGCUGGCUCUGACUGUAGGCGAUCCCUGUCAGCACCCUUUGCCUGCUUCGAUACUGCAAAGCCAGCCAUUUGGGCAGGAACAGGUUGUCAUUUUGUGGCAAACACACACAUUCUCUUCUUUCCACAUGCCCGCUCAAGCCCAACUCCAAGCAGGGAGAUAGACCCGGAAUAAGCCUCCGAGCUGAGUUGGAAGCAAAGCUAGCAGCACUGGGGGGACAUGUUUCUUACCCCCACUAAACACUGAGCAGCUUCUAGAAGAAUGGGGCUAGAAACGACUUCACUGCACUAUGUUAGUUUUAGCACCCCAACAGCUACUGUCAAUUGAAGAGCUGAAGCAAAGGAACAGGAGCCUUGAUUUUUUCAUUCUUAGCCGCAGUUAUAUCUGGAUUGCUUUAACAACUUUUUCUUGAACGACCCGUAUGGGGUUACCUGAAAUGCCAAACGAGUGAAUGCACCAGAGCAAGAAAAAGGGAAAAUUACACAUUUCACACUAAACUGCACAUUUGUUGCAAAAACCACCAAGCAAAUUUACCUUUAUAAAAUUAAAGCUAAAUGAUGAAGGUGACUGAAGAAGCAGCUGCCUUCCCCAUCCACAGAGAAAUUUGCACCUCACCUUACUUUGGUAUUAGACAGUUUACAGCUUCAACUCUCCCUGCACUGGAAAGAGAGCAGCUCUGUGUAAAAUCCACUCACCCCAGACCACUUAUUUCUCAGUGACUUACUCAUUUGUGUGGUAACCAUUUGUACCAUGAUCUCUACUGGCCAGAGAUGGAACUCAUGCUAUCUUGACUUCUGUGUAAAAACAAAACUUGUCAGUCAGCAAGGUCUGGCGGUAGUUUUGAUGCUAACCCACCUUGACCCCAGCUAGUCAAAUCUCUUUGUAUUUUAUACAUAGUGUUGCCUGAAAAAUCUCCAUGUGUGAAAUGGCAAGUGCUACAAAAUGAACUUUUUAAAAUAGCUGCAGCCAGUGGCACUUUACAAAAAGGUUUAAAAAGAAACCUUUUUACCAAGGGGUUUUCAUGUCCAAUGAGUUGAUAUGGGACUAGUCCAACUUUUUCAAUGUUGAUAAACUGUAAAUGUUUUUUUAAAGACAAAAUGUAUAUAUUUUAAAUGUGAUUAUAUAUUUACUAACCAGAUUCCAAAGUGGUGGUAUCUAGGGACAGGGAUAAAAGACACUGGGGUAGAGCCACAUGACUGAGCCACCACAUGGGGCAGCAGAGUGCUGUUCUUACUGUCAAUAACAGAAUUACAUAUUUGUUUUUCUCUCAGAGGAAUGCUUAUUUUUAAAAUUCUAGAUCUUUAUUUUAAAGAUAUUGUAUGCUGUGUAAAUUAUAUGCGGGCAUGACCGUGUCUAACCAACCCGUGUUCUUCAUAGGCAGGGGGAAAAAUAGUCCACGUAAGCACCAGACUGACAGAUUUUAAACCAUCUGGACCAUUUGUGUUAAUCAUGCAGUUUGUUUUCCACUAACAUCAAUUAAGACUUAAUUCUAUUAAACAGUGGGGCUUUUUCCCCUUUGACA